ACACAUCUCUCUCUCUCACGUCCACCUUAUUCUCCUUCAAAUAGUACUGUUUGUGAUCAAAGAAUAAUCUUGAUCCUUUCAGUCCAAGUUCUUCAAUUAUUCUUCUCCAUCAUCAGCAAUUUAAACAACCAACUGUCCACAAUAAUUAUGGUCUUUAGCUUGGGAUCCGAGGAGUUCAAUAAUCCAUCAACAAGCAACAACACAGAAAACUGAGAAUUAUUUAAAAAGACACACACACAGAACAGACCCUUGUCAAAGACAUGACCAGAGUGAUGAUGUGGUUCAGGUUCUUGUUCUUGCUAAUUCUUCUCAACUUGCUGAACCCAUCACAUGGAAAAGAAACUGAAAGUCAACAAGACCUUGAGCUUCUCUUAUCGUUCAAAGCUUCAAUCCACGACGAUCCACUUCACUCUCUCAGUAACUGGCUCCCAACCAUUUCUUUAUGCAACUGGAACGGCAUCACUUGCAACAAGAAUAUAUCUGAUGUCAUAGUCGUCACCGCCCUUUCCCUCGCCGGUAAAAACAUCUCCGGCGAGGCUUCUUCCUCCGUUUUCCACCUUCCAAACCUCACAUCACUCGACCUCUCCAACAACCAGCUUACGAAGCUCCUCCACUUGGAUCAAGCUCCUCCAUUUCUCUCCCCAAUUCGUUACCUCAACCUCAGCAACAACAAUCUAACCGGCCCUCCCCCUCGCUCCUUGUUCUCCGCCUCCUUUUCUCUCCUCGAGACUCUUGACCUCUCCAACAACAUGUUCUCCGGCGAGAUCCCUCCCCAAAUUGGCCUUUUAUCAGCCCUAACCUACCUUGACAUUGGAGGCAACCUUCUCGGCGGACACAUUCCGAGUUCCAUAACUCAGUUGAAAAAUCUACAGUACUUCACUCUCGCUUCGAACCAGUUAGUCGGCGAAAUCCCGAAAGAGAUUCGAGCCAUGAAGAAUUUGAAGUGGAUUUACUUCGGUUACAACAAUCUCUCUGGUGAAAUUCCCAGUGCCAUUGGUGAGUUAACUUCAUUGAACCACCUCGAUCUUGUGUACAACAACCUCACCGGAGCGAUUCCUGAAUCCAUCGGAAGCUUAACGAAUCUCGAGUACAUCUUCCUCUACCAGAACAAAUUCAACGGUCCGAUUCCUCGUUCAAUCUUCAACCUCAAGAAGCUUGUAUCUCUUGACCUCAGCGAUAACUCUCUCUCCGGCGAGAUUCCGGAACUCGUGGUGAAUCUUCAAAGGCUUGAGAUUCUUCAUUUGUUUUCGAACAAUUUCUCAGGGAAGAUUCCCAAGGGUUUGGAAUCAUUGCCGCGGCUUCAGGUGCUUCAGCUGUGGUCAAACUCGUUGACCGGGGAGAUUCCGUUGGAACUUGGGAAGCGUAACAACCUAACGGUUUUGGAUCUCUCUUCUAACAACCUCACGGGGAAGGUUCCAGAAACUCUGUGCAAUUCCGGGACGCUUUACAAGCUCAUCCUCUUCUCUAACAAAUUAGAAGGCCGAAUCCCGAGAAGCUUGAGCACAUGCAAAACGCUGCGUAGAGUGCGUCUCCAGAAUAACAAGCUCUCUGGGAAUUUGCCUGAGGAAUUCACCAAGCUCACUCAGGUCUACUUCUUGGAUAUCUCCGGCAACCAACUUUCUGGAAGAAUCGAUGAUAGACAAUGGAGCAUGCCGUCUCUUCAGAUGCUCAAUCUGGCUAACAAUUUCUUCUCCGGCGAGAUUCCGAGCUCGUUCGGGAGCAAGAAAUUGGAAGAUUUAGACUUAUCAGAGAAUCGAUUCUCUGGUGAAAUUCCUCGUGGAAUCUUCGAGAAUUCGGAGAAUUUGGUGCAGUUGAAGCUGGGAAACAACAAUCUUUAUGGUACUAUUCCUGAAGAACUCUGUUCAUGCAAGAAGCUUGUGGCAUUAGACCUCAGCCAUAACAAUCUCAACGGUCAAAUUCUGAUGAAGCUUGCGGAGAUGCCAGUUUUAGGGCUUCUUGAUUUGUCGGAGAACCAAUUCUCCGGCGAGAUUCCGCAGAAUUUGGGGAAAGUGGAAUCUCUUGUUCAGGUUAACAUAUCUCACAACCGUUUCCAUGGAGGUUUACCUUCCACAGGAGCGUUCCUCGCCAUCAACGCUAGUGCAGUCGCAGGGAACGAUCUUUGUGACCGCGAAAAUGAAGCUUCUAACGGUUUGCCACCAUGCAAGGGUUCUCAGAACCAGACAUGGCUGUUCUUAGUGCUAUGUUUACUCUUUGGAUUGGUUGCGAUUGCCGUUACAGCUUUUCUGGUAGUUUUGGUGCGAAGAAGGAAAAGCAUGCAGAUGAGAAGAGUGGAGAAUAACGAAGAUGGCGGCACGUGGGAGAUGCAGUUUUUCGAUGCGAAAGCUUCGAGAACGAUAACCAUGGAAGACGUUGUUGCUUGUUCAAGAGAAGGGAAAGUGGUUUCGAAAGGAAGGAACUGGGUUUCGUACGAAGGAAAAUGCAUGGGAAGCGAAAACGACAUGCGUUUUCUGGUGAAGGAAAUCACUGAUGCAACGUCUCUUCCGCUUAGAUUCUGGGAAGAUACGGUGAAGUUUGAGAAGAAGGUUCGGCACGGUAACAUUGUCAAGCUUGUUGCCACGUGUCACUCAGGGAAGAAGGGGUUCUUGGUUUACGAGAGUGUGGAGGGAGAGAGGAGUCUCGCCGAGAUUGUGAGCGGUUUGAGUUGGCAACGGAGGUGGAAGGUUGCGGUGGGGAUCGCGAAGGCGCUUAAGUUCUUGCAUUGUGAGUGUUGCUCUACGGUCUGGGAUCUCACCGACGAGGUGCUGUCGCCGGAGAUUGUUUUGGUGGACGGAAAAGGUGUCACUCGCCUUAAGCUCAGCCCUCCUGGCAUGGCGCCUUUGGAUGUCAAGGGUUUCAUGAUCACUUCCCCCUACGUUGCACCAGAGGCAAGGAAUAAUAAUAGUGGAGAUGCGACAGAGAAGAGUGAAAUAUAUGGAUUCGGAGUUAUGCUGAUUGAAUUAUUGACUGGAAGAGCCACUACGGACAUUGAAUCAGGGAAUGGAAAUGUGGUGCACCAGCAUCAGAGCGUUGUAGAGUGGGCCCGAUACUGUUACUCUGACUGUCAUCUUGACACGUGGAUAGAUCCGGUGAUCAAGGGUGGAGAUGAGUCAACCAAAUAUCAUAACGACGUCGUUGAGGCCAUGAACCUUGCCUUGCACUGCACCGCCACUGAUCCUAAGGCCAGACCAAGCGCAAGAGAAGUUCUUAAGGCUCUAGAAGCUAUUCACGCCACCAACACACAAUUAUUUUGCUCAACAUGAGAAUUUUAAUUACAAUUCGGGCACUAAUGAUCAUGACUUUCCUAAUUUUCUGUUUUCUUUCUUUCUUUUUUUUUAUAUAUUUGAGUUUUUUUUCCCUCUUUUGUUCAAGUUUUUUAGUUUAUAUAUAUAUAGCAUGAUGAUAAGUAAUAAGUUGUUGAUGAUCAAGGGAUUGCUAGAGAAAAAAAUAUAUAUGUAUGUAUGCUUGAUAUUUUAUUUUAUAAUUCUAUGGGGUAUGCUUGACAUACUGCUAAUGAGUGUAAAAGUAAGAGUAAAUGUAAAUAAAUUAUUGAUGAAUGCCAUUAAUAUUAUAUA